AUGAAAAGUCGUACUGAAUGUUCACCGAGAAUUAUUAAAAGAACAAACAUAAAAGCACAGACAGACGAUGCAAUUAAGUAUGGAUUUUACCGACAAAUUAAUCAUCUAUCUAUUGUAAGGCUAGAUAAUGAAACAGAUAAACUGAAUUAUUCGUCGUGGUUAACUCGAUUAGAUAAUGAAAAUUCAGCUUUAAAGAUGCAUCUUAUCAAAAUUUUAUUUAUAUCAUUAAGAAGUGAUAGAUCAUUUCAAAUGUUUUUAAAACCUCCACCCGAUGAUCUUAACGAUUUAGAAUUAAAUUCUGAUAAUACAAUGGAUAUGAUUAAAUACUUACAAGAUAAUAAUAUAGCUGAUGAACCGUUAAUUAACGAGGAUAACCCAGAAGAAAUUAAACACAAACGUUCUGCAGCUGUAGCUACAGAUAUGCGGUCUUAUACAACAAUUAAAACUUCACCUUACUUCGUACAAUCGUUUUAUGUGAGGUCAGACUUCCCAAUUUAUACAUGGUAUAAUCCAACGUCUAUUAAAUUGCCGAGUAGUUUUGAUCAUAACCAAUGGGAGCUAUACCUAAAUCGUUUUCAAAUUUUAACCGAAAGUAAACAUUUCAAUAGUAAACACAGAAACGAAUGUGAUGAUAUCAUUCCAAUUGACCAGAUAUCAAAAGAAGUUGCAACCGCUUUUAAUUGGCAUCCUUAUAGUAUUCUAAGUAAUGAAAUUAAUAGACCCAAACGAACACCAGGCUAUAUUGAAAUUGAUGUAAAUAUAGCAAACCAACAGUGCAACCAACAACAAAUAGAUGAUGCUGCGUUUGCAGUAGUGUAUUGUAAAGUAUUCCCUGGUAACAAGGUUUUAGACCCAAAACUGUAUUCUAUUACUUUAAUUCCGGACGCAAAAUUUAUUUAUAAAAUGACUGGUGUAACAUUAGUUGAUUAUUCCAAUCUUAAGUCAAAAAAAGAAGAUCCACAACCAAAUGCUUGUAAAUUAAGACAAAGAAAACGGAUUCCAAAAAAUAGCUGUGAAGUUAAUGACGGUACACUAUGUCAGGGGUCAGCAAAAUCAUUGCCGGAACAACGGUCAGCACCAACGCGAACCGUCACUUCAGGGUUAACGUGUUCGGACAUGAGUGCCCCUCAGCACCAUCAAUCUGCUGGGUGCAACGAUAAUAGAUUCAACGCAUCCGCCGCCAACAGUAAUCCAGUCGUCAUUACAGAAGAUCGGCCCAGGACCCUGACGUCGGAGAGGGUGAUCAACAACUGUCCAGCAGUAAUGCGCGCACGGUCACCGCCAUCAACACCGUCACCGCCGCUAUCAAUGCCGUCACCACCAUCACCACCAUCGCUGCCGUCGCCGCCAUCACCACUAUCGCCGCCAACAUCAACGCCGUCACACUCGUCACUGCCGUCACCGCCACCAUCAACGCCGUCACCGCCAUCGCUAAUCAACGAUUAUCGCGCAUCUGCCGCCGAUUGGAGUCCAGACGUCACUACCUAUUCUGCGUUUUCAGACAGGCGUAUUACAGAAGACCAAUCGCGAUUCGUGACGUCCGAGAGGAUAGUCAACGACCGUCCGGCUGUAAUGUGUGCGCCCCCGUCGCCACCAUCUGCGCCCCCGUCGCCGCCAUCUGCGCCCCCGUCGCCGCCAACUGCGCCGUCACCACCACCGCCGGCCAACGAUUUUUGCGCCGACAACGCUGACCUAUCGGACAGCAGCUCUGGCACGCCAAGCUAUUACUCCGGACAAUCGGGCCAGUUCCGUCGAUGUGGCCGGAGUAUUAUGCAGACCGGCGACCACAAUAGGUCGGAGUCUCUGUCCACGUUGACAUCGGACGACAGUUCGGUUGUACACAAUACGGUGGGACUCGUAGGGAGUCGCUCUCCGCACCGACAUGUGAAUUACGAUCGCCGGGUUAACAAUAUGAUGAGGGAAAUGAUGGAUGACAGCGAUUAUCAGUUCGAGCCCGAAAAUACGAACAACAGCCACGACUACAGCUUCCAGAACGACUUCUACCGUAGCCCCGACGAAAACGCGGGCGCUGUCGUCUGGCCGCCCCCUUACGAUAGCGUCAGUGACGUGAGCAUGCCAGGCCCGGCGAUUAUCGGUCCCUGGUCGUUGUCGAAUCACACGUCGAGAAGUGACCGAGUUAUGGAAAAUGGCGACUCGAGGAUUUCGGAUCGGUACGAUACGUCCUGUUCGGAGGAUGAUAUUGCGUCGGGGCCGGACGACUACGACGAUCGCCCGGACAUAUCGCACAACAGCAGCUUCGAAUGAUUCAAAACUAUAAUUACAACCACUACGGCACUAGUUCAAAAAAAGGGAUUCAACACAAAAUAUAUUCGAAAAAUAUAAACAAAAUUUAAAAACUUUAAAAUUUUAUUAAUCUCAUUUACUAACGUUAUACGGCGUAUUUUAUAGCAUUAUAUCGGUACGUCGUACGUAUAGGCGUA